GAUCAGGUGUUGGGGACGAUAAUCACGAAGGGGCCUAAAGUUAGAAGAUUGUUUCCUAUACAAUUUUCCAUUCCUCCUGUUAUAUCUUUUGCUUCUUCUACGCAUGAAUAUUGGCAGAAGGCAAUGGAGGAAGAACUUUUGGCUCUCAAAGAAAAUGACAAAUGGGAUAUUAUUUCAUGUCCUUCAAAUGUCCAUCCAAUUGGAUCUCGGUUGGUUGUUCUUGGCAACAAGCAGGAGUAUGGUGUGAAUUAUGAAGAGACUUUUGCACCGAUAGCAAAAAUGAUGACGGCGAGAACUAUUGUUGCCAUUGCUACUUCACAAAACUGGACUCUUCAUCAAAUAGAUGUCAAAAAUUCUUUUCUUCAUAGUGAUCUCAAAGAGAAUAUUUAUAUGAAACCUCCACCAGGUUGUGUUCUUCUUUUGCUAUAUGUCGAUGACAUUAUUAUUACAGAAACUGAUUCUUCACUAAUCACUAGCCUGCAACAGCAACUUAAGGAUUCUUUUCAUAUGAAAGAUCUUGGUACUCUUACAUAUAUCUUGGGUUUGGAAGUUCAUCGUGAUUCAUCUGGUGUGUUUCUAAAUCAACACAAAUAUACCCAAGAUUUGAUUUCUUUGGCAGGUCUUCAGGAUUCCUCUUCUAUGGAUACUCCAUUAGAAUUGAAUGUAAAGUAUCGCCAGGAGGAAGGAGAUCUUCUUCCUGAUCCAACUAUAUUUCGGCAAUUAGUUGGGAGCUUAAAUUACCUUACUAUUACCAUGCCUGAUAUCUCUUUUGCAGUUCAACAAGUUAGUCAGUCAUGCAAGCUCCCGUCAUCUUCAUUUGGUGGCUGUCCGUCGCAUCAUCGAUACCUCCGAGGAACAUCUAAUCGUGGAUUAUUCUUUCCUAGUGGUUCGCCUAUUCGUUUUAAUGCUUUUAGUAAUUCUGUUUUGGCGGGAUGUUCUGACACUCGUCUUUCGGUUACAUAUUGGUGCAUGUUUCUUAGAGAUUUUUCAAUAUCUUGGAAGAGUAAGAAGCAAGACCGUGUGUCAGCAUCUUCAACAGAGGCUGAAUAUUGA